AUGAACAGGUUGAAAGUCACACUUGACACUCCAGUAAUCUUCAUUAUGCUUUCACGUGAUCCCUAUCCAGCUGAACUGCAAUGCUUGAGUAUGCAGCAGUCAUCGGCCAGUGGUCCGAAAAUCCCUCCGAAAUCCACGCCAUCUUCUUCAUCAAGACGUGGCAGCAACAGAAAACAACCGCAGCGUGGUGGCCGGACAAACAAAUGGGCACGACCGGCUAAAGGAGCGAAAGAGAGCGAGGCGAUGGAAAAUCGGGAGAUCUUAGAGAAGCUGGAGAAAUUGCCGUAG